AUGGAUCAUAGUCACUGGUUCACAUCAACCCAGGUUUUAACAUCCUUAAUCCUUCCAAUUCUCAUCGUCUCUUCCUUUCUCUUCCCAAUCACCACCUCCCAAGAAAGCCCAUUUCUCUACAAGAUCUGCAAAAAUGACUCGGCCGGCAGCUACACGCAAACCGACCCCUUUGCGAAGAACCUCAAGAACGUCUUAGACGACCUCGUCGACCAAACUCCGAAACACGACGGCCUAAAGAAGAAAGCAAGCAAAUCGGCAAGGAUGUUCGCGCAAGGGAGCGCGGUGGAGAAGAAAGAGAACGCGACUAUAUACGGCAUGGCACAAUGCGGUCGAGAUCUCUCUAGCGGGAAUUGCACGAGCUGCCUCGACUAUGCCAUUAAUGUUCUCCCGGCAUUUACGGCCACGACCUCGCCUGUCGGUGGAAGGACUCUCACCGGAAGUUGCACUGUUAGGUACGAAACUUAUGUUUUCCUCGAUGGCACAACGAAGAAAAAGGCGGUAAAUGUGAAAAUGGUAGCUUGA